UAUAACCGCGCUUCACUUUUCCCUUGUUUAUCAAAAACAAACAAAUUGAAGCCGAACUGAUCUCAACUGCCCGGAAACACACACAGCCGAACUUGACUGUUGUUGGAAGAAACGCCGCCAGAAACCACCGUGGCAGACAAACUCCAGCGAAAGGGUGAAAUGGAACCAGAACCACAGCAGACUUCAGGAGGAGCGGAAACACUUAGACAUAUGUCACCUGGAUCAUCGAUUUCUGUUGCAUAUCACCCUGAUUUUGGAUCUCAUGAUGAUCUCAUAAUUCUAGAGCUGGAUGAGAAACUGAUCCCAGAUGUUUUGAAUGAAAGGAUGGUCUUAAGAGGACAGCCUGACGAAGACGCAGUUCUUUGUACUGAAUCAAAAACAUACGCUAUGAAGUUUGUUGGUACUUCCAAUUCUGUUUUGCUUGUACCACCAGCAAAUCAAUCAGAAUCGUAUGAAAAUCAACAGAAGAACAAUAGUAAUACUAGUGAAGAAAAAGUUGUUGCAAGUGUACUAAAAGUUGUACCUGGUAGUAUGGAGCUUAUUGAGGUUUCCCCCAGACUUGAUAAACUUAAAUUGCUCCUUUCAGAGAACACUUACAGAUUUGACGAGAAUGACAUGGAAAAUUUAGAAGAGAUUCAGGAAUCUAGAUCAGGAUUAUAUAACUGGAAUGAUCUUAUAGAAAAUAUUCAAGCUAGUGACGAGGAGUUAAGGGUUGGAUUGCAGGCUCUUUCAGCUGUGGAGAUCAAUGGAUAUUGGAGAUUAGUUGAUGAGAAUUACAUGGACAUGAUUCUGGAAAUGCUUUUGAAAAAUUUAGUGUUGAAUGACUGGUCACUGAAUGCUCUAAAUGAAGAUGAAGUUGUGAAUAUGCUGGAAUCAGAUGGAUUUCCGAAGGUGCUUGCAAGGCAUUGCUUGCAUGUGUAUGCCAAGAAAGUAAAAGAAAAUGAUUGCAUGCAAAGUGGUGUGUGGAAGUUGGAUGAGAAGCGGGUAUGCAUACAUUAUGCUAGAGAAAUCCUGAAAGGAGGUAAGAGGAAGUUAGAGAAUUUUAUGGAAGAAUGGAGGAAGAAGACUCCAGAUGAAAUGCAUCCCACUUUUGAUCUUAUGGAAGGUGAGGUAUUGACAGAGAAAAUUGGAGUUGAGACAUGGGUUCGUGCCUUCCGUGUCUCUUCGUUGCCUUCCACUCCAGCUGAACGCUUCUCCAUUCUUUUCAGAGAGCGUGCGAAAUGGGAAUGGAAAGAUCUACAGCCAUAUAUCAGGGAUCUGGAUGUACCAGGUCUUUCUGCAGAAGGUUUGCUACUCAAAUACACUCGAAAGACACAACCGUCAGCUAAUGAUGAUCCAAUUUUCAGUGCAAGAUAGUAUCUGUUACUAUUAAUGAUAUAUCCUUCACAGUCCUUAUGGCCUUCCUCGUCACUUUUGACUGUAAGCACAGUACUCGCUUAUAAAAAUUUAGGAUCACCUUUUUAUUUCCCCUGUUUUCAUUUAGAUAUGUAAUAUCAAGAGCUGAUACACCAAAAUUUAAAACAAGCUUAGCAGAAAUGAUCAUUCUAGAGUGAUGGUCCUUGGAUUUCUUUACUUAUUUGAAAUUGUGGAUCGCUUCUAAAAUAUAUAUCUACCAAAAUACUGAGACUUAAAAAUAUGAAA